GUAAAUCGGCAUCUCUCUUCGACAUGAUUUUUGAAUGAUUUUGGCACGCCCCAGGAACGCGAAUGCAGUUUUCUCGCAAAUGCCAUAAUGGGUUAUCAGAACGCCUAAUUUUCUUCAGACAGCCCAAAAACUGGUAUGCCACAAUGUUUUAUAUCCGACAACCCCUGACCGAAAAUCCCCAGGAAUUUCAUCUGGGUAUCUCAAUGAACUCUGCCACUUUUACGGCUCUCCUCCAAUCAUGCACAAGAACUGGGUCUCUGAUCCUUGGGAAGCUUGUACAUGCUCGUAUGAUCAAGACAUCCUUCAAAUCCUGUAUGUUCCUGGAAAACAACCUAUUGAAUAUGUAUAGCAAAUGUGGUGAAAUGGAUAAUGCUCGCCAAUUGUUCGAUAGAAUGCCUAGACAGGACAUUAUUUCAUGGAAUUCCCUUAUUUCUGGAUAUUCACAAGUGGGUUUCUAUCAUAAAGCCAUGGAAGUGUUCAAUGAAGCUAGAGUGGCUCGUAUAAAACUGGAUAAGUUCACAUAUGCUACUGCUUUGAGUGUAUGUGCUCGAGCAGGGAAUAUUGUACUGGGAAAGCUCAUUCACGGGUUGAUUACUAUUAGCGGUUUGGGUGACCAAGUCUUCUUAACCAAUUCACUUAUUGACAUGUAUUCGAAGUGUGGACGCAUUGAUCAAGCAAGGUGCUUGUUUGAUAAUUCUGAUGAGUUAGAUGAUGUUUCUUGGAAUUCAUUGAUUGCUGGUUAUGUUCAAGUUGGUUCAAAUGAUGAAAUGAUGAAAGUUCUUAUUCAAAUGUAUCAAUCUGGAUUUAAGUUGAAUACUUUUGCCCUUGGCAGCGUAAUAAAAGCAUGCUGCUCGAACUUUCAUGGUUCAAAAGUAAUUGGAAAAAUGCUUCAUGGCUGCACGAUCAAACUUGGGCUGGAUUUUGAUGUUUUUGUUGCGACUGCAUUGCUUGAUAUGUAUGCAAAGAUUGGGGACCUGGAUGAUGCAAUCAAGAUUUUCUGGCUCAUACCUGACCCAAAUGUUGUCACGUUCAAUGCCAUGAUUGCAGGGUUCUUCCGAUCAGAGACUGAAGUCUCUGACAAAUUUGCAGAUGAAGCCCUGAAUCUAUUCUCUAAAAUGCGAAAAAAAGGUAUGAAGCCUUCAAAGUAUACAUUCUCAAGCAUACUUAAAGCUUGUAAUGUAGUUGGAGCUAUUGAUUAUGGAAAGCAAAUUCAUGCUCAAAUCUUCAAGAACAAUCUCCAAUCUGAUGAAUUCAUUGGAAGUACACUUAUUGACUUAUACUCACUUUUGGGUUCAACAGAGGAUGGGUUGAGAUGUUUUCAUUCAACCUUAAAAGUAGAUAUUGUCUCAUGGACGUCCAUGAUUGGGGGUUGUGUCCGGAAUGGCCAAUUUGAGCUUGCAUUGAAUUUAUUCUCCGAAUUGCUCACUUCUGGAAUGAAACCAGAUGAAUUCACAAUAUCAAGUGUGCUAAGUGCCUGUGCAAAUUUGGCUGCUGCAAGAUCUGGUGAGCAGAUCCAGUGCUAUGCCAUGAAAACUGGAAUUGCAGAAUACACAAUUGUUGCAAACUCACAGAUUUGCAUGUAUGCGAAGUCUGGAGAUAUAGAUGCUGCUAACCUGACAUUCAAGGAGACAAGGAACCCUGAUGUCGUGUCUUGGUCUGUGAUGAUCUCUAGCCAUGCUCAGCAUGGCUGUGCAAAGGAAGCUCUCAGCCUUUUUGAGAGCAUGAAGGAUUCGGGGAUUACACCUAACCACAUUACAUAUCUUGGAGUUCUUACUGCCUGUAGCCACGGUGGUCUUGUGGAUGACGGAUUCCGGUAUUUUGAGAGCAUGAAGAGAGACCAUGUUAUGAAUCCAAACGUUAAGCACUGUUCAUGCAUUGUCGACCUUCUUGGUCGUGCUGGAAGACUGGCUGAUGCUGAGAACUUCAUUAUAAAUUCAGGCUUCAAGGAUGACCCUGUGAUGUGGCGGGCCUUGUUAGGUUCUUGCCGGGUCCACAAGGACACUGUCAUGGGGAAACGCAUUGCAGAGAGAGUCAUUGAGCUCGAACCACAAGCUGCUGCCUCCUAUGUUCUUCUCUACAAUAUUUACUUGGAUUCUGGCAUAAAACUUCUAGCGAUGGAAAUCAGAGACUUGAUGAAAAAUCGAGGUGUUAAGAAGGAACCUGGACUUAGUUGGAUUGAAAUUGGGACAACUGUUAAUUCUUUUGUGGCAGGUGACAGAUCCCACCCAAAGUGUCAAGCUAUUUAUGCUAAGUUGGAAGAAAUGUUGGAGAAGAUCAAAAAAAUUGGUUAUGUUGAUGAAACAUCUGCUUUUGAAACCUCUGAGCAAGAUCAAAAGAAUGGCCUGGUGGUGAACUACCACAGUGAGAAGUUAGCUGUGGUCCUCGGGAUACUUGAUUUGCCAAAGUCAGCUCCUAUAAGAGUGAUGAAGAACUUGAGGGUCUGCCAUGAUUGCCAUACAACAAUGAAAUUCUUUUCUAAGGUGGAAAACAGAGAGAUUGUUCUCAGAGAUCCUAUUCGCUUCCAUCGUUUCAUUGAAGGUUCUUGUUCUUGUAAAGACUAUUGGUGACAGAUUGAAGCCAGAUGAUGCUUCUCAGACUAACCAAAAAGAGAUUUGAUAUUGGUGUUGUUAUUCAGCAAUGAGAUGGAAGCACCAUAUUCUUGAAGAUUGAGGCACAUUUGAAAAUUCCCAUGAAGGAUGUCGGUCAUAAUUAGGGCCACAGAUUGAUGGUUAUGUUUAGGGGAACAAAGAUCGAUGCUGGUGACCCCUGAUUCUACAUUGUUAAUAUCAUCAACAAAUCCAGGAGGGGCAAAAUAGGCGUGCAAGAGAUAUCAUUUCAUGACACAGCAAUGGAAGGGUCGACAUAAGAGAUGCCUUAAAUCAAUAGUCAUGAGAUGAUUUCUGAUCAUCAGCAGCAUGAAGAAUUAUGACACUCAUUUUUUCUGCGCCUUCAAGCAUUUAACAAUGUAAGUCAAAUGUUUUCAUUCCUGCUGCCUCUCUCAGCGUAUUAAGUUU